UUCUUGAGAUAGCGUGCAAGGGAUGCACACUAUCACGGGGACAUCUCUUGUGAAUCGACCCAUGCAUUCUUCCUCGUGCUUCAUUCUUUCACUCUGGGGACAAAGAUACUGGGGUGCGAGGUGGUGGCCCGUCUGCUCCGCACGUCCGAGGAACCCCCCUCCUCCGGCCCACCCGGCGUCCGGGUUCCUUCCCCCUCCCUCCUUCCCUGCCUCUCCUCUAGCCCACCUCCGCCCCUCCUUCGCCUCCCCCACUGCGUCCGCCCGCCCGCGUCAUCGCCCCCUUUCCCCUCCCAAGUGCCGGCCCGCGCGCGGCUCGGCGCAGGCCUCCUCCGCAGUCUCCGCCACGAGCCGCUGGUGGUGCGGGCGGGUCCGCGAGGCUCGCGGCAGCCCCCCGGCCGCCCCGGUCCGCGCUCUGACCGCCUCGGGGGCCUUUGAUUCGAGCUGGGCAGCGCCGCGAGCGCCGAAUAAGCUUCGCAGGACAGAAGAGAAGAACAAAAUGGCAAAUAUGUUAUUUUGUUGGAUAUUUUUCACCCUCGGGUGGACCCUCAUUGAUGGAUCCGAAAUGGAACAGGAUUUUGUGUGGCACUUAAGAAAAAUCCCCCGGGUUGUCAGUGAAAGGACUUUCCAUCUUACCAGCCCCACCUUUGAGGCAGAUGCUAAGAUGGUGCUCAAUAGAGUGUGUGGCAUUGAAUGCCAGAAAGAACUCCCACCUCCCAGCCUUUCUGAUCUGGAAGAUUCUCUUUCCUACGAGACUGUCUUUGAGAAUGGCACCCGAACCUUGACCAGAGUGAAAGUCCAAGAUGUGGUCCUUGAGCCCACUCAAAAUGUCAGCAUGAAAGGGGCAUCCGUUAGGAGGAAGAGACAGGUGUAUGGCACAGACAGCAGGUUCAGCAUCUUGGACAAAAAGUUCUUAACCAACUUCCCUUUCAACACAGCCGUGAAGCUCUCCACAGGCUGCAGUGGUAUUCUCAUUUCCCCCAGCCAUGUUCUAACAGCUGCCCACUGUGUGCAUGAUGGGAAGGACUACAUCAAAGGGAGUAAAAAGCUAAGGGUAGGGUUGUUGAAGAUUAGAAAUAAGGGCAGUGGCAAGAAACGGAGGGGUUCUAAGAGGAGCAGGAGAGAAGCCAAUGGUGGCGACCAGCGAGAGGAUACCACAGACAAUCUGGAGAGAGCCAAGGCUGGAAGAAGAAGAAAGGAAUCUGGUCGGGGUCGUAGAGUCCCUGAGGGGAGGCCCUCCUUCCAGUGGACCCGGGUCAAGAAUACGCACAUUCCCAAAGGCUGGGCCAGAGGAGGGAAGGGGGAUGCUGCCUUGGACUAUGACUAUGCUCUUCUGGAGUUGAAGCGCGCUCACAAAAAGAAAUACAUGGAACUGGGAAUCAGUCCAACCAUCAAGAAGCUGCCUGGGGGAAUGAUCCACUUCUCAGGAUUUGAUCAUGAUAGGGCCGAUCAGUUAGUCUACAGGUUUUGUAGCGUGUCCGACGAAUCCAGUGAUCUCCUCUAUCAAUACUGCGACGCCGAGUCAGGCUCCACUGGUUCCGGGGUCUAUCUGCGUCUAAAAGAGCCAGACAAGAAGAAUUGGAAGCGCAAAAUCAUUGCGGUCUAUUCAGGCCACCAGUGGGUGGAUGUCCACGGUGUGCAGAAGGACUACAACGUGGCGGUGCGCAUCACUCCCCUCAAGUAUGCCCAGAUCUGCCUCUGGAUUCAUGGAAAUAAUGCCAACUGUACUUACGGCUAACAAAAACCUGCAGUGAGUCAAUGGAUUAUUUAAAUUGCAGAGCACUCCAGUUAUGAUUAUUGUAGCAAGAUCACUUCCUAGGUUAUGCCUGGACUCGAACCCUAUCAACAACAUUUUUAUAAAUUUAUCGUUUCAAAAUUAGGAGAUUUUUAUCUGUUUAAAAAAUACCUAGGUAUAAAUAACUGAAACUAGAUGGGCACCUCAAUGUCAAGUAUAUAUUCUUCUUUACAGGGUGAUAAGUAUCAUUUAUGGGAAGUCUUUUGUUUCUUUCUGCCUUCUUAAGAUUAGACACUUUAAAACUUCAGACUGGUACUAUAAAUAAUAUGUGAUUUCUUAAUGGACUUAUUCUCAGGGUCCUACUCUAUCAAGAAUCUAAUAGGGUGCUGGUUGCAUAUUAAAGGGGAAACUGCAUAUACAGAUAGAGACAGUGACAUGAUUAGCAUCAGGGUAGAGACAAUAAUUUACAACGGCUUGUAUUACUUGGAGAUGGACCCAUUCAGCUCAUGCCCUCCAUGUUUAUAUAGUGUUUUCUGUUGGGUCUGAGAAACUUUGGUUUAGUUGUUGUUGGUGGUGUUUUUAAGAAUUGCAAGAUACAGCAAAUUUUAUAAACAAAGCUAGCAACUAUUUUACUGCUUUAAAAAAUGUCAACUGAAGUGUGUAUUAUUUAAAAAUGGGAGAAAUACUUUGUUCUAUGAAAUGAAUCUAGUUUAAAAAUAGGGAAGCUGAGAUUAUUUUAAGAUCUCAAGUUUUUAUUUAAUGUUCAGAACGUGGACUUUUCAUGAAGGCAGAAGGAAGACAGUUCACAAGUUAUAAAUGGUCAUGUUUUGAAAGCCUCUUCAUUUAAUGCUAGUCUUCUAUGUAUGAGGUGUUAAGAGUUUUAGGACCAAGAAUUUUAGUCUUUCUCAAGAGAGAGCCUUUUUCCCCUUGAUAGAUUUCAGCUUUCUUAAUAGGGCCACACACAUAUUAUUUUGGCGAUUUCUCUGACUAGCAGUUUUAGAUAAAUCCCUUAAAAUGAAUAGAAUUUACACAUACAAUUUUUAAAAGAAGGUUCUGAUUCUCUUCAUCACGGGCCAAGGCCGCACACUGGCUCAGGUCGUCAUGGCGGCCCCAGCAGACAGAACCGGUGGCUGUCUUCAGGCAAAACACAGUCGUUACUCACAUAUUUCUUGAAUGGACAGAUAUUUGCUGAAUGGUAGUAAAAGUGAGUUUGUUCAGGCCAUUAUGUCUAAAGGGUUUUAGUGAUUUGCAGUUGAAUGCACCAUAAAAUUCAGGAAUUGCAAGCCUAAUUUCUGGUCUGCUAUUUUUGGCAGUUUCUAGGGCACACAUUCUUUUCUCUCAUGACUCACCUAAGUCACUGAUUCUGCCAGAGUUCAAAUUUAUUUUACUUGUUUUUUUUUUUUUUGAAAGAAUGGGGACUUACACCCUUGAUUAGUAUGCAAAAGAACAUUUGAUUAGGUUAUAAUAAAAAGUGAUUUUGUAUAUCUUGUCCAAAAUAGCUGGAAUUCAAUACAAGUAUACAUUCUUUUGUAGUGUGAAUCUGUUUAAAAAUCAUUCAAUAAAAAUUAAAAAAAUAAAUCAAUCAUAACUCUUACUAUAUCCACAUAUAUGUUUUAUAUACAGGGUUUCAGUGAAUAUUAACUGUGUAGUUUACUAAAAAAAUGAUUUUAUUUAAGUCUAACUGCAUUUCACUAAGCAGUAUUUUAUCAUUGGUGCUAGUGGGAUAGGGCUAUUGACUCUAAAGUUUUGAUCAGAUUUUUUUGGGGGAAACAUCUAUAUGAUCACUGCAACUGAAAGUGCUUUGACAUGAAUUUUGCACGCUUACAUGCUUGCAAAUGCACACAAUCUUCAUCUUAGAUUCUUAGAAAAUAAUUCCUGGGAUUUCUGUAAAUUCAGAAUAACUUAGGGUAUUUGAUGUCAGUAGUUUGGAGCUGAAGCUUAAAUUCUGAAUACAUAUGAUUUCCUUAAAAUCAUUGUACUUUCCAAAAAUACAAAAUUUAGCCUAUUGUAUUUGCAGGGGUUUAUUUUAUUCUGUCAUUCUCUUUUCUUUACCAAGUGAAUCAUGAAUCUUAUAUGACCUAUUUUGGACCACUAAAGUAUACUGUAUUA